CGGUCCUGGGCAAUGUGACCCUGCUUGAGCAGGGGGUUGGACUAGCUGCUCUCCAGAGAUCCCUUCCAACCUCAAGCAUUCUGCGAUUCUGGGCCCUUCCUUGCGGUUCCUGUGGCAGCCGGGUGCCCGGCACCCGUCUCCCCUCGCCCCCCACCCAGGCUGUGCCCGCUGCCAGGGGUUUCUGAUGCGCUCGAAGACCUCACAGUGCUGCCGCAGCAGUGACCUCACCGUCCCAGCCCUGUCCCCGUCCCAGGGGACAGCAGUCACAAAGGGUUUGCGUGGGGAGGCGAGAGCAGCUCCAAAGGGCUGCGUCUGCUCCCGAGCCCUUGGUCCACGGCCCCGCCAUGCUGGACACCGUGGGUCACGGCUGGGUCUCCCUUCUCUGGGGCAGUGGCUGCCUCCUGCACCUCUGCCCCAGCUUCCUGCUGCUGCUGGUGGCCUGGGCCACCGUGAGCAUCUGGUGCAGCGUCUGCAAACGCCGCCAGGCGAUGAGCAGCGGGCGUCCGGCUGCAGGGCCCGGGGUGGGUUCCUGUGCUACGACCUCAGCUGCAGGCCCUGCGGCGAGGCCGCCCGGGAGAGGCAGCGGCAGCUGGAGGCAGAAGCUUGGCAAAGCCCCUGGGCCUCCAGCAGGCCACAGUCGCCCUCCUCGGAGGACUCCAGCCCCUGGAGGGCACACAGCGAGCGGAGGAGACUGCCUGCCCGGCAUAGGGGGCUGCCCCAGAGGGGGCCGGGGACCCCCAGGCCGCUGCCUCCAGCCACAGCCCCAACCGUCCUCGAGCUUCGCAGCCAGGCCGACAAGCUUGCGGGGCUGACGCACGCCCUGCCAGAGAGAGCUGUCAGCCCCCAGGCCGGCUCACCCACCGCCCUGGGCUCGCGCCUGGCUGAGGGGGCUGGCAGCCUGCCCGGGGGCACCGAUCCUCGCCCCGUGUCGAGGCUGAAGCUGGGACACAAGAUCAAGAAGAGGCUGCGGAUGCACUUGAUAAAGAAGUGCACAGAGAUCCGUCUGGCAGGCUUCCCCGCCGUGGUGCAGGCAUCCUGGGAGGUGUCCAUCUGCAGCCUGGGGCACCCCGCAGCCCCCCCACCGCUGCGCUCCACCACGGCCCCCAAGUACUUCCACACGGCAGAGGCCCUGUUCCUGCCGGAGGAGGCCCGGGAAACCCUGGAGCUCCACAUCCGGGCAAAGAGGCUGCAGCACCAGCAGAGCCUAUCCAAGGAGUCGCCUGCAGCUCACGUGCCCCAGGCACCGGUCUCAGCCCACCAAGAGCAGCGUCAAGAGACCCCCGUCCAGCUGCCCGCUCAGCAUCCGCCCUGCCUUCCCCAGGCCACCAAGCACCGUGCAGAGCCACAGCCUGAGCCCUUCCCUCCGGAGAGGGACAACAACAGCGGGCAGGAAGAAAAGAAGCGGCAGGGAUCGGACACUCAGGGCAGGAUGUGGCGCCUGAGGAACACCAAGGGAGCGGUCACAUACACGGCCCAGCGGCUCUCCCAGAGCCCCCGUGCCACGAGGUGGACCAUCCUCAGGGUCCUGGUGUUACAUCCUCCGAGCAAAGGCUCAUUCAGUUAA